UCAGCCCAGGUGCCCUGUUCGCCUAGAUACGCCCUCUGACACCAGGCAGCUCUUCUACUGGAAAGCUCAAAGCCACUUCACUCUCCCCUUCACUGCCACAGAGUCUCAUCCUAGUCUUGUCCCCCUUUGUCGGGGGAUGGAGGGGUGGGAGGCGGAGGGGCAGGGUGGUGGUGGUGUCACAUCCUCAUCUAGGGUCACUGCCCGUCCUUCUGGCCGGGAGUUGGGGAGACUGUCCCCUCCUGCCUUGGCAGAGUCAUAGUUCCACAUGCGGGUGUCAUGCCCCCCUUCACCUAGGAACCUGGGAUCACAGCCCCUUCCCUCAGGGGAGGGGCGUCAGUAGCCACAGGCUGGGGUCCCAGUUUCACACGCGGCGGGUUCACAGGCCUCCAGCCCAGGACGUGCUCUCCCUGGGCCUGUUCCCAGUUUCCCGCCCAGGAGUCCCAGGGACCUCCCCUGAGGUCGGCGGCCCCUCCUCCGGAGCCAUGGUGUCCAGGCCAGGAGGCUCUGCGCCCGCGCAGACCGCGGCGCCUUCGCGGGAGGCCUCGGGCAGCUCGCAGCCCUGGUCCUCGUCCUCGUUGCCCUGCCAGCUCUGCUCGCGGCCGCAGACCGCGAGCCCGGGGGCGGACGCGUCGGCGCUGUGCCAGGCCGUGGGUGGGGGGGACGGCAUGGCGGCCGCCGCGUGGCUGCAGGCCGGCCUGGUCCGGGUGCUCUUCUACCCGACGCUGCUCUACACGUUGCUCCGCGGGAAGAUGCCCGGCCGGGCGCACCGCGCCUGGUACCACCGCAUCGACUCCACAGUGCUGCUGGGCGCGCUGCCGUUGCGGAACAUGACGCGCCAGCUGGUACAGGACGAGAACGUGCACGGGGUGAUCACCAUGAACGAGGAGUAUGAGACGAGGUUCCUGUGCAACUCCUCAGAGGAUUGGAAGAAAGUAGGAGUUGAGCAGCUGCGGCUCAGCACAUUAGACAUGAUUGGGAUCCCCACCUUGGCCAACCUCCAGAAAGGAGUCCAGUUUGCUCUCCACUACCAGUCGCUGGGCCAGUGUGUCUACGUGCAUUGUAAGGCUGGGCGCUCCAGGAGUGCCACUAUGGUGGCAGCAUAUCUGAUUCAGGUGCACAACUGGAGUCCAGAAGAGGCUGUAAGAGCCAUCACCGAGAUCCGGUCACACAUCCACAUCAGACCUGGUCAGUUGGAUGUUUUAAAAGAAUUCCACAAGAUUACUGUAGGGGCAGCCAAGGAUGACUCACGUGACACAUCAAAGACAUGAAUUAAGUGGAUUAGAAAGAACUCAAAGUGACGUGAAUCCCUUGGUCAGGAAAAAGAAGAAGGAAGACAUCCCUGCUUGAUACAAAAUAAAAAAGUUUAAUGGGACCUAAGGGCCUUAGGUCCAAACUUGACAUAUCAGAAAUGUUCUAAGUAAUAGGUAAUUUUGCUUC